UCUCUCUGCUGAUCCAUCCAUCAAAUGCAUGGCGAAUCAAGAGAUAUGCAGCGGCACCGUCCUGUGGUUCAACGACGUCAAAGGCUUCGGCUUCAUCAAGCCCAAGGACGGCGGCGAGGUUCUCUUCGUCCGCCAGUCCUCCAUCAAGUCUGAAGGCUUCGGUAGCCUCGCGAAGGGCAAGGAGGUCGAGUUCUCAACCGUCACCGAGUCCGCGGGCAAGUCUUCGGCGGCGGUCGACAUUAGUGGCCCCAACGGGACCCCGAUCAAGGGGGUAACCGAGGACAGCCAUGGCAGUGGCGGCCGGAAGGGUGGCGCCAGGUUCAACCGGCAUGGCGUCACAUGCUAUGUUUGCGGCGAGGUAGGACACUUAGCGAGGGAUUGUGACCGCGGAAACCUUGGGAGUAGCAGCAGUUCUGAGGGGUGUUUUAACUGCGGCGAGAAUGGCCACAAAGCAAGGGAUUGUCCGAAGCGUAUGAGCCGACUUCGGAGUGCGGUCCUGAAACUUUAA